GCUUGAAUUUGCUUUGCGACAGCGGCAUCCUCAGAAAUGAAUAGCAAAUGAAGCUCACCUACAGAUUUGUUUGUGAUGGACCGGGAGGCUUUUUAUUUGGGCUGCUGAGCCCUGAAACUUUAUUCUCGCUCUGUGAAGACACUUGUAAAGAUUUGACCACAAUAUUAAAAGCAUGAAGUGAAACUCUGUACGGAGCUUCUCGUGGUCCAAGCUCAGGUGUGGGGUAGCUCCGAAAGAUUUUCGGAGCGUGCAAUAAAAGUAACACCAGCUGAAGCGAAGCGAAGAUGUUUUCUGAAAAAACUAAUUUCAGUUACACUUCAAACGGCACGGAUGAGGACUUGCUAUCGGCGCUAGAUGACGACUGGAGCGACACUCCGGCUGAGAACCUGUCACGGACAGGACACAAUGUGGUCGCCGUUAUUUUGGGAUCUAUUCUGGUAUUCGGGAUCCUGAACAAUUUCAUCGUGCUGGUUCUGUUUUGUAAAUUCAAGACCCUGCGGACACCUGUAAACAUGCUUCUGCUCAACAUCAGUGUGAGUGACAUGCUCGUCUGUCUGUUCGGAACCACGCUCAGCUUCGCGGCCAGUAUCCGCGGCAGGUGGCUGGUGGGGAAACACGGGUGCAUGUGGUAUGGCUUCGUCAACUCAUGCUUUGGGAUUGUAUCAUUGAUCUCUCUGGCAAUCCUUUCGUAUGAUCGUUACAGCACUUUAACUGUGUACAACAAGAGGGCCCCAGACUACAGCAAACCCUUGUUAGCUGUCGCAGGCUCCUGGCUGUACUCACUGUUCUGGACGGUUCCCCCCUUGCUGGGCUGGAGCAGCUAUGGACUGGAAGGGGCAGGAACCAGCUGUUCAGUUACAUGGACGGCUAACACCCCGCAGUCACAUUCCUAUAUCAUCUGUUUGUUCAUUUUCUGUUUGGGAAUCCCCGUGUUGGUCAUGGUGUACUGUUACAGCCGGCUUCUCUGUGCUGUCAAACAGGUAGGGCAUAUUAGAAAGACAGCAGCACGGCGGAGAGAGUACCACAUUUUAUUUAUGGUCAUCACUACAGUGGUGUGCUACCUUUUGUGCUGGAUGCCUUAUGGGGUUGUUGCAAUGAUGGCCACGUUUGGACGUCCGGGAAUCAUCACCCCCAUUGCGAGCGUGGUGCCGUCCCUCCUUGCCAAAAGCAGCACAGUCAUCAACCCUGUGAUUUACAUCCUCAUGAACAAACAGUUUUACAGGUGUUUCCUCAUCCUGUUUCAUUGCAAACACAGCUCUCUAGAGAAUGGACAGUCCUCUAUGCCUUCAAGAACUACUGGCAUCCAGCUCAACCGAAGGGCUUAUAGCAACACAGUGGCUAGCAAUGUACCUCAAUCCAUUGGUCUACAAAAGGAGUGCAGCACUCCUGUCUCAGACUGAACCAAUCCACACAAAAUCACACCUUGAUGUUCCAGCUCCAUUCUAAACCUACAUACUGUCCCAAAUGAUGCCAAGACAGAAAUCAUCUGUGUAGUGUUGUCGAGUGCCUAUCAAAAGCUGAAAAUCAAAACUGUAGCAAAGUGAUCUCUGUAGUCGUCUUUGUGAUGACAAACUGUUGUCUGGCCUAACUCACACCAUUUUAAGUAAGUAUUUGUAUGUGACUUGUCAAUAUAAAUGUUACAAAGAGUAAGAAACGUGCAAACAGCCACUGGUGACUUGUUAAAAUGGAUGUUUAGAUCAUGUGAUGGUGCAGUACUUCUGAAUGUGCUUACCCCCAUGUUGUGUGUGUGUUGUAUGUUCCCAACCCAUUUAAGGCCAGGUCUGAAUAUGAGAUUGUAUAAAUCUGUGAAUUUAAAGGAAGCUGGAAAUCUGGUAAAAUCCCCAACACAUGACUGCUUUGUACACUUUUUCUACCCUGCCCCUAAUCUCACCAUUAUCUGCUGGAGAUCAAGCAUGGUGACAUUUGGAUGAUUAGUCACAUCAUUGCUUCAAAUGAGUCCAGUGAUCUAAGACAGUAUUUCCAAACUUGGUCACUAGUGGCAAUGAUAAAUGAAUAGUUUACUCAAAAAUUUAAAUUCUGUCAAUUACUCACCCUCAUGUCAUUCCAAACUCUUAACUAAUUUAAGUGUCCUAUCUGGUUGGGUGAAUUCAGUACAAUGGCAGUUUAAAAAAUAUAUAUAUAUAAUUUCCAAGUUUUGGUGUAAAACACUCAAGCAACUGUACAAUAAUAUCAUGGCAGACAUCAUUGCUUUCCUGUGCACCAUCCAGAAUGUCACACUCCAGUCCAGUAGGUGGCGAUGUACUGUCACUGUAUUGAAUCUGCCAAAACAAAUGUUCAUUGGAUGCUUCUCAAUUAAAAGGCUAAGUCCUUGUAAAGCUGCAUAUCUUGGCUGCCACGUCUUCAAGCGCCUUUGAAGGCCAUCUCAAUUUGAAGGAUCCUUGGAAUGCAGCUUUUGUUUCAUGACCAUUAUGCAGCGUGUUUUGAAGGAUGCAUCAAGUGUAUCCUUUGUGUCCUCCCAACACCCUUAACAUCAUAUAAUGAUAAAGAUUUUUAAUAUAAAACAUUUAUCCAAAGUUAUUUUUAAUAGAUUUUUUUGUGUUGUAUUAAUCAGUAUUUAAUGAUAAGGAUCAGUCUUGCAUAGAAGCCUUUAGAUGAACUGAACUAGGAAGGAUGUACGUAUCGUACAUCCUUCCUAGUUCAGUCAGUUUGUACAUCAGCUUGUUUUGAAAAAGGUGGUUGCUAAGAAGUGAAUAAUUCCUUUAGGUCAAAGUCAAAAUGGUGUGUUAAAAGGUACAAUCCACAAUCACUCACUCAAAACAAUGAAUGACAAAAAGUAGUGCUCUCUUAGUAGCAGAUAUUGGAUUGCGCCUUUUAGAUAGCAUAUAUAUUUGAUAGGUUUAGGAAUGUAAAUUGUCUGUAUGAGAACCAUCAACUUGACAUGUCAGUCGUCCAAAAAAAACAAAA